GAUAUCACAACACAAACAUUCCGUGUCUGCCUCAAAGAGUUGUACUCGGACCGUUAUGAUCCUGUUACCCUGCAGUACGUGGUUGUAUCAGACAUGUGUGGGAAAGACUGGARCUACUUYAAUGGCUUCUGCUAYAAGACCACCYCUUCMUGUGCYUCUUGGAAUGCAGCUCAGUCCAACUGUMUUGAUGYUAACUCCAAUCUGACCAGUGUCACCAGCCAAGAAGAAAACACGUACAUUCARCAUCGUCACGGCGGUGAUACAGGAUGGAUAGGACUACAAGACAUUGACAGUGAAGGAAACUUUACYUGGAUUGACGGUACCAAUGUUAACUUUACGUACUGGGCGAAGAACCAACCAAACGGUUACCCUGGAGACCAGGAUUGUGUUCAUACMYUGGGAUUACGUCAUGAAUAUCACUGGAAUGACGUCACUUGUGGUUCCUGUCACUCAUACACUUGCAAAAGAGAUAUAAAUGAAUGUUCCGUGGUUGAUUCUUGUCAUCCUGACGCCUUUUGCACAAAUACAAUUGGAUCAUACAUCUGCAAGUGCAAUCCUGGUUACAAUGGUGAUGGACAAUCAUGCUCAGAUUUUGAUGAAUGCACUUCAGCUGUUCAUACUUGUGAUGCCAACGCGCAGUGUACGAAUAAUGUUGGGUCCUACACCUGUAGUUGUCACCUUGGCUUUAGUGGUGAUGGGAGGAAUUGUUCAGAUAUCGACGAGUGUUCGUAUGGCUCCCACAGCUGCAAUACCAACGCACAAUGUACUAACACUGUUGGAACCUACACUUGUCAAUGUAAUCCGGGAUUUCAUGGUGACGGCUGGGCUUGUACAGAUGUCGACGAGUGCACUUCAGGUUCCCAUAAUUGUCAUGUUGAUGCACAAUGCACAAAUAUCUUGGGAUCUCACACUUGCCAGUGCAAGCAUGGUUACCAUGGAGAUGGUCUUACUUGCUCAGAUGUCGAUGAAUGCUCAACAGGUGCCCAUACUUGCAAUGUUAAUGCACAAUGUACUAACACAGUUGGGUCAUAUAGCUGUCAAUGUAAUCUUGGUUUCCAUGGUAACGGACACACGUGUACAGAUACCGACGAAUGUUCGUCCGGAGUCCAUUCUUGUCAUGCAAAUGCACAGUGCACAAAUACUGUUGGAUCUUACACUUGUCGUUGUAACAGUGGAUUCGGUGAUGGACUCACAUGCAGAGCAUAUCCAAGGUCUUGUAAGGAUCAAAAGAGCACAUUUCCCGCUUCAUCAUCAGGUUCUUACACCAUUGAUCCAGAUGGUCAAAAUGGAGAGUCACCAUACACGGUUUAUUGUGACAUGACUGACAAGAGUGGGGUGGGGGUGACGGUUAUCAGCCAUGAUAGCGAAUCAACGACUAGAGCGCACAACUGUCCUGGUUAUCCAGGUUCCUGCAUCCGAUAUGUUGCCUAUACUGGAGCUUCUAUCGCCCAGUUAGCAAAACUAACUGCAAUAUCUUCACAAUGCGACCAAUAUAUCGAAUAUCAGUGUACUGGUGAUAUUGUUUUUAUUGAGGACUCGUAUGCUUGGUGGGUGUCACGUGAUGGUGUAAAUCAGCACUACUGGGGAGGAGCGACACCAGGUAGCUACAAAUGUGCCUGUGGUAUGACAAACUCGUGUCAUAAAGGCCGUGGAUGUAACUGUCAUAAUAGUGGUGAUAUUGGGUGGCGCACUGACAGUGGUCUGCUGACUGAUAAGUCCACUCUACCGGUGACAGAGAUGAGGUUUUCAGAUACUGAURRCAGCMAUGAAGAUGCUUAYUAYCRACUUGGUAAACUAAAGUGUUACUAACAGACGUCGUUGAACGUCAAAGAAAUCAUGAUCAAAAGCAAAUCACAAACAAUAUUGUCACUGAAGGACAAUUCAGUACGUCCUCUGCAUACUUAGAAUCAUGGAAAACCAGAUCAAGAACAAACAGCUUUGUCUUGCAACCUAGUGCAAUUAAUCAGUUAAGUUGAAAAUUAUUAGUGAAGCACUAAYAAACUUUGUUGAUGUCA